UAUGAAAUAUUUAAUAUCUAAAUAUCUAAUAUCUAAUUAUAUAUAUUUUAAUUUAUUGACAUAUUAUUGAUAAUUAGAUUUAAAUGAACGACAUUAACUUUAUAUUACUUUGCAAAUUGAAAUAAAUAUUUUUAAUAAAAUAAUAGGAAUAUUUAGGUACAUUAACUUAGUAGAAUUGAGAUGUUGGACAUCUUGUAUUGCAUAAAAAAACAAAUAAUAUUGAUAAAUAGAAAUUGAUUAUCAUUAUUUAAAAAAUCAUUAAACAUAUUAUAAUUAUUCAUUAUUUUAAUGUUGCAAUAUAUAAAUAUAAUAUGACUAGACUACCAAAGAUUGACAUUGUAAGUGCUACUAAAAGGCAUAGUGCUAGUCUAUUCUUAUUUCAUGGUUCAGGAUCUGCUGGAAAUAAUUUUAAAGAAUGGAUUGAUAUUUUAAAUAGAGAAGAAUUCAAAUUUCCACAUAUAAAAAUUAUUUAUCCUACUGCACCUUUAUUACCUUAUACACCUAAUAAUGGAAUGCCUAGCCAUGUAUGGUUUGAUCGUAAAGGCAUAUCUAUUGAUGCAUCAGAAGAUAAUGAAUCAAUAAAUUCAAUUUGUACUACUGUUACAGAAUUUAUUGAUAAAGAAAUUUCUAAUGGAAUUUCUUCUGAUAGAAUUGUUGUUGGUGGUUUUUCAAUGGGAGGAGCUCUAUCAUUAUAUUUAUCAUAUAAAUAUAAAUUAUCUUUAGCUGGUUGUUGUGUUAUGUCUAGUUUUCUUAAUAAAAAUUCAUUAAUAUAUGAGAAUUUACAAAAAAAUCCAAAUAUACGUACGCCACCUCUUCUACAAUUUCAUGGUAUAGAAGAUACGCUUAUUCCAAUACAAUGGGGAAGAGAAUCUUAUAAUAAUUUAAUAAAACUUGGAGUUAUUGCUCAAUUUGUGCCAUUAGAUAAUGUUGAUCAUGAAUUAGGUGACAAUCAAAUACAAUUUUUCAAAAAAUGGCUUUUAAAUAUUUUACCAGAGAAAUAAUUUCUCACUUAUUUAAAAUAAAUAUAUCACUGUAAAAUAUUGUUACAAAUAUUUUUGUUAAAUAAAUAAAGCAUAAAUGAGUUAGAA